AUGAUUCUCAGUAAAUUUCUACUUACUGCUCUCAUCUUUUAUGGAAUCGAUCCCCCUUUGACUGUACAAGAAUAUGUGGAGCUCAACAUGUCUGGAAGCACCGGAGAACGUUCUUUUGCUGAUAUUAUUACCAGUAUUCGAUACUGGAUUAUUCAUAGCAUUACUAUACCCUCCCUAUUCAUUGCGGGUUGGUUAUUUGUCAGCACGGGUUUAGCUUACGAUGUUUUUGGAAGCCCUCGGCCAAACGAGUCCAAAAAUUCUUUUGGAAUUCAUUUAUUUCUUGCAGGGGUGGCUUGUUUUGGUUUUGGCGCAUUUCAUGUAACAGGAUUGUAUGGUCCUGGGAUAUGGGUGUCCGAUCCUUAUGGCCUAACCGGAAGGGUUCAAUCCGUAAAUCCCGCAUGGGGUGUAGAAGGUUUUGAUCCUUUUGUUCCGGGAGGAAUAGCCUCUCAUCAUAUUGCAGCAGGGACAUUGGGCAUAUUGGCGGGCCUUUUCCAUCUUAGUGUACGUCCACCCCAACGUCUAUACAAAGGAUUGCGUAUGGGAAAUAUUGAAACCGUCCUUUCCAGUAGUAUCGCUGCUGUAUUUUUUGCAGCUUUUGUUGUUGCUGGAACUAUGUGGUAUGGUUCAGCAACAACUCCGAUUGAAUUAUUUGGCCCCACUCGUUAUCAAUGGGAUCAGGGAUACUUCCAACAAGAAAUAUAUCGACGAGUUAGUGCUGGGCUAGCCGAAAAUCAAAGUUUAUCAGAAGCUUGGUCUAAAAUUCCCGAAAAAUUAGCUUUUUAUGAUUACAUCGGCAAUAAUCCGGCAAAAGGGGGCUUAUUUAGAGCGGGCUCAAUGAAUAAUGGAGAUGGAAUAGCCGUCGGUUGGUUAGGACAUCCUAUCUUUAGAGAUAAAGAGGGGCGUGAGAUGAUAAAAAAAGCAUCCGUAUUCUUUUUGAUCUCUUAUCAAUUUCAUAAAAUGGACUUUCUAAAGACCCCCAACGACCAAUUCUCCCAUGAAUAG